GAGCUGGAGGGCGUGGCCACGCUGUGGGCGGGGCGGAGUUGGGGGCGCCGCGGGUCCCGGCCGCCGGCCUCGGGGAACCAGAGUGAUGGCCCCCUCAGGUGUGGAGAUUAAAUGUCCCGGCAACUUUUAAAAUUUAAAAUUGGGCUAUUCUCUGACGGAGUCACCUUUAAGUCGAGCAAGUUUCUCGACUUGUCGACUUUUGUUAUAAAUCAAGAACCGAGAGAGCCGCAACUUAGCUGCUUUAGGAAGGGAACCACGUCCUCACUACAGGCCGCGUGUCCUCCCCUAGAGGGCCCCUAGCAGCCUGGCCUCGGAAUAGCUGGAUCAGGUUCAUUUACCGAUUCGUUCAACAAAUGCUGUGGCGAGCCCGCUGUGUGCUAGGCACUGCUUUCCUGAAGCCGACCUUUCAGCGGGGAAGACAUAACUGAAGGAAACUUGCAAGGAGCUGUGAGAAAGUGUAACGGGGGAAGUGAGCUAAGAUCCAGUGCUCUCUGAUGGCAGAAGUGAGAUGACCUCAAUCUUGCGAAGCCCUCAGGCUCUCCAGCUCACUCUAGCCCUGAUCAAGCCUGAUGCAGUCGCUCACCCGCUGAUUCUGGAGGCUGUUCAUCAGCAGAUUCUGAGCAACAAGUUCCUUAUUGUACGAAUGAGAGAACUACUGUGGAGAAAAGAAGAUUGCCAGAGGUUUUACCAAGAGCAUGAAGGGCGUUUUUUCUAUCAGCGGCUGGUAGAGUUCAUGGCCAGUGGGCCAAUCCGAGCCUACAUCCUCGCCCACAAGGAUGCCAUCCAGCUCUGGAGGACACUGAUGGGACCUACCAGAGUGUUUCGAGCACGCCACAUGGCCCCAGAUUCAAUUCGUGGGAGUUUUGGCCUCACUGACACCCGCAACACCACCCAUGGGUCAGACUCUGUGGUUUCAGCCAGCAGAGAGAUUGCAGCCUUCUUCCCUGACUUCAGUGAACAGCGCUGGUAUGAGGAGGAGGAGCCCCAGCUGCGCUGUGGCCCUGUGUGCUACAGUCCAGAGGGAGGUGUGCAUUGUGCAGCUGGGUCAGGAGACCCAGGACCAGCCUGAUGCAGGCCUGUCCGUCUGUGAAGACCAGUGGCAAUGCCCAGACUUUGCUCCUAGACCUCUGGUCCAAAGCAUUCUCCUAGGACCAGGGAAGCCUCAGGCGCCAUCUGUGCUGGGUACUACCACCUGCCUGAGGGCCUAGCUCUUCACUUCAUAUCCUCCAGAAUCUAGCUCUCUAUCUACCUCUUCUCUGGAAUGUUGAUGGUGAUUCAGAAGAGCGAUGACUCCUCUUUUUGGUGAGAACCAUUCAUCCUUCUUCAAGGAGGAGCUUGCCUAGUUGACUUGCCCGAAAAGUGCAGUGACUCUAUAUAAGCAACAUUUGGCCUUUCUUUCUCAAUAAAAAUCUGUGUUCUACUGAA